AUGGCCUAUGUCUUCAAACGCGGUAUGCGCAAAGAACGCGUCCAAUUUGACAAGGCACGCAUCACUGCUCGAAUCACCAAGCUAUGCUAUGGCCUUGACAAGGAACAUGUUGAUCCCAUUGGUAUCGCGCAGAAGGUCAUUGCUGGUGUGUAUCAGGGUGUGACAACGGUAGAACUUGAUAACCUGGCGGCGGAGACUGCUGCAUACCUUACGACAAAACACCCUGACUAUGCUAUUCUUGCUGCGCGCAUCGCCGUCUCUAACCUACAUAAAGAAACCAAGAAGAACUUCUCGGCAGUCGUCAAUGAUCUUUACCAUUUCGUAAAUCCCAAGAACGGCCGAGCAGCUGGUAUGAUUUCGAAGGAGACAUUUGAGAUCGUCAUGGCAAAUGCCGAGCAGCUUGACUCUGCGAUUAUCUACGACCGGGACUUCAACUACAACUACUUCGGCUUCAAGACGCUUGAGCGCUCGUACCUCCUCAAGCUCAACGGCCGGGUAGUUGAGCGGCCUCAGCAUAUGCUUAUGCGUGUCGCUGUUGGUAUCCACGAAUCCGAUAUUGAGCGCGCUAUUGAGACAUACACCAUGAUGUCGGAGCGACUCUUCACACAUGCCUCGCCAACUCUCUUCAAUGCUGGUACCCCUAACCAGCAACUCAGCUCAUGCUUCCUCGUCUGCAUGAAGGAUGACUCCAUUGAGGGCAUCUAUGACACGCUCAAGAACUGCGCUAUGAUCAGCAAGACUGCUGGUGGGAUCGGCCUGAGCAUCCACAACAUUCGAGCUACUGGAUCGUACAUUGCUGGAACAAAUGGCUACUCGAAUGGCAUUGUCCCCAUGCUUCGGGCAUAUGACGCGACCGCUCGAUACGUCGAUCAGGGAGGGAACAAGCGACCUGGAGCGUUUGCGAUCUAUUUAGAGCCGUGGCACGACGACAUUUUUGACUUCCUCGACCUGCGCAAGAACCACGGCAAGGAGGAAGUCCGUGCGCGUGAUCUCUUCUAUGCGCUGUGGAUUCCUGACCUUUUCAUGAAACGAGUUGAGUCCCAGGGCCAGUGGUCGCUGUUCUGCCCGAACGAAGCACCUGGAUUGCACGAGGUUUGGGGUGAGGAAUUCGAGAGGUUGUAUGAGCAGUACGAACGCGAAGGGCGCGCUCGCAGAACCAUCGAUGCUCACAAGCUGUGGUUUGCCAUCCUUGAUGCCCAAAUUGAGACUGGUAACCCCUUCAUGUUGUACAAGGAUGCAUGCAAUGCCAAGUCGAACCAGAGGCAUCUCGGUACAAUCAAAUCCUCCAAUCUAUGCACGGAAAUUCUCGAAUACUCUGCGCCUGAUGAGACUGCCGUGUGCAACCUAGCCUCCCUCGCUCUUCCUUCCUUCGUUGAGAAUGGGCGGUACAACUUCAAUAAGCUCCACAAGGUCGCGAAGGUCGUCACUCGUAACCUCAACCGAAUUAUCGACGUCAACUACUACCCUAUCCCUGAAGCUCGUCGAUCGAACAUGCGCCACCGCCCCAUCGGUCUUGGGGUGCAAGGGCUCGCGGAUACCUUCAUGGCGCUGCGCAUGCCGUUCGACUCGCUCGAGGCGCGUGAGCUCAACAAGCAAAUCUUUGAGACAAUCUACCACGCUGCGCUCGAGGCAAGUAGUGAGUUGGCUGCGGCAGAGGGUCCCUAUGAGACCUACGAGGGAAGCCCUACUUCUCAGGGACAGCUCCAAUACGAUCUCUGGGGCGUUACUCCGACAGAUCUUUGGGACUGGGAAAGCCUGAAGGCGAAGAUCACGCGAACGGGCUUGCGGAAUUCAUUGCUCGUUGCUCCGAUGCCCACUGCCUCGACUAGUCAGAUUCUAGGCAAUAAUGAGUGCUUCGAGCCUUACACUAGUAAUAUCUACACUCGUCGUGUGCUCGCUGGCGAGUUCCAGGUCGUUUGUCCAUGGCUGCUGCGAGAACUUGUCGAUCUCAAGCUUUGGGAUGAUAGGAUGAAGAAUAUGAUCAUUGCCAACAAUGGCUCCGUUCAGAACAUCCCCGGAAUCCCUGACGACGUCAAAGCUAUCUACAAGACUGUCUGGGAAAUCAGCCAGAAGAAGGUGUUGGACAUGGCUGCUGACCGUGGCGCAUUCAUCGACCAGAGCCAGAGUCUGAACAUCCACCUCCAAUCGCCCACGAUCCCUCAGCUCACUAGUAUGCACUUCUAUGGAUGGAAGAAGGGAUUGAAGACGGGCAUGUACUACCUCCGGACGCGUCCUGCUGCUCAAGCGAUCCAGUUCACUGUCGACCAGUCUAUGCUGAAGGAGACGAAAGAAGUGAAGACGGCAGCCUCUGUGACGCCGAAGCGAGUUCCCAUGUCGAACGGCGAUGGAUACGCGUCGCCUGGCCAUGUGUCGAUUAAGCAGGAGCCCAUCACUCCCAAUCUGAACAGACUCUCUGCGUCCAACCAUUCCACCCAAUCCUCUCCUGCGAUGACAAGUUCCUCUACGUCCCUGACGGAUGAAGCGGACUCCCUACCUGAAAGGGCGGCGGGUUUAUCUCUCGAUGAGAGGACACAGAAGGCCGCGGAGCAGGAUCCUGAGUUCGCUGCUGCUCUGCAACGCCAGCGCGAGCGACAACUCGAGGAGGAGAAGUUGAUGUGUUCCUUGGAGAACAAGGAGGCAUGUCUGAUGUGUUCCGCGUGA